UUUUUGAAAUUAAUUUACAAUUUAAAUUCGUCGACUAAGGACUGUAAAAUAUAAAAAGCUCGAACGUCGCGAUCUUUGGUGUCAAAGCAACGCGAGAUGUCGUCAACUCUGCUUCGAAUCCCGCUGCUUGUGUUGCUGCUGCUUCAGCUUCAGCUGAGCUCGGCAAGAAUCUUUGAGCGUUGUGAAUUAGCUGGACUCCUGCAGCAACGUUAUGGAUUGCCCCCAGCUCAGGUGGCCACCUUGGUCUGCAUUGCCCAGCACUCGAGUGACCUCAACACAGCAGCCUUUGGUGGUGGCAGCGGUCCAGGUGGCGGCUCCCAUGGCAUCUUCCAGAUCAGCGAUGUCUACUGGUGUUCGCCACCGGGUCAGGGUGCGGGUUGUGGAUUGAACUGUGCUUCGUUGCGGGAUGAUGACAUUGCCGAUGAUGUUUUGUGUGUGAGGAAGAUCUUUGUCGAGCAUCAACGCAUCUCGGGCGAUGGCUUCACAGCUUGGCAAGCUUACGGAGCUUAUUGUCGCCAGGAUGCGUCUUCGUAUGUGAGUGGAUGUGGUUUAGCGGGUGCUCCUCACAAAGCGUUGCAAGUGGCUGCUUCGUAUCAGCAACCACAGCAAGCAACAACAGCUGUUGGCUAUCAUCAUCAACAGAUUUAUCAACCAGUUGCCCAGUCCUAUCAGCGACCUCAGGUUCAAGGCAAAAUCUACAGUCGCUGCGAACUCGCUCAGGAACUUUACUAUCAGCACAAGCUGCCAAUGCAGCAGAUUCCUACCUGGGUGUGCAUUGCCCAACACGAAUCCUCUUACAACACGGCAGCUGUGGGUCGCCUCAAUGCGGAUGGCAGCGCUGAUCACGGAUUGUUUCAGAUCAGCGAUCUCUUCUGGUGCACACACGAUCAGCGAGGGGGUAAAGGAUGUCGCGCAUCUUGCGAUCAAUUCCUCGACUCGAGCAUUGCGGAUGAUGUGCAGUGCAUUCGUCGUAUUCACGAGGAACACACGCAAAUCUCUGGCGAUGGCUUCACUGCGUGGACUGUUUACAAUCGCGACUGUCGCAAUCAGCACUACGAACAGGUUGCUGCCUGCUUUUCCAAACCUCAGGUGGUCUCCCAUCAUCCGAAUGCCAUUGAACAUUCGGGAGGUGGUAAAAUUGGCAGCUAUGCUUAUCAGGCGGCAACCACGCCCAAUCCUUACUACCGCCCCAGCACAAAGGUUGUCUCGUAUCAAGCCACCUCUAGCUAUCAGGGCAAUCCCUUUUUGCGUCCUCGUCUGCCUCAGUCUUCGGUUCAGUCGCAUCCCAAUGCUAUUGGCUUUGCACAGAAGCCACAUCAAGUGACUCCCGCAAAUCCUUUGCUCAGCUACAAACAACAACACACAACACCUAAACAACAAUACUAUCAACAACAACUACACUAUCAACAGCAACAACUACACUAUCAGCAACAACAACAACACUAUCACACGACACUCAAGCGAGCUGGUAAAGUUUAUACACGUUGUGAAUUGGCCCAAGAGUUGUAUUUCUCACACAAGUUUCCCAUGCAGGAUUUAGCCACUUGGGUGUGCAUCGCCGAGCAUGAAUCCUCCUUUAACACGGCUGCUGUGGGUCGACUCAACACCGAUGGCAGCGAAGAUCACGGCUUGUUCCAAAUCAGCGAUCUCUACUGGUGCACACACGACGAGGGCAGCGGGGGCAAAGGUUGCAGCAUCGAUUGCAGUCGACUGCUCGACUCGGAUAUCUCCGAUGAUGUGCAAUGCAUUCGGACUAUCCAUGAGGAGCACACGCGCAUCUCGGGUGAUGGCUUCACUGCCUGGACUGUCUACAAUGGACACUGCAGGGAGCGGAAGCCAGACGAGAUCGCCAGCUGCUUUGAGUCCGGUGAGCAGAUGAUCAAACCUAAUGCUCUCCAGUCCAAACCCAAGCCCAAACCCAAGCCUAAGCCCACAGGGAAGAUCUACAAACGCUGCGAGCUGGCUCGGGAACUUUACUAUCGCCACAAACUGCCCAUGCAACAGAUUCCUACCUGGGUCUGCAUUGCAGAGCAUGAAUCGUCCUUUAACACGGCUGCUGUGGGUCGACUCAACACCGAUGGCAGCGAAGAUCACGGCUUGUUCCAAAUCAGCGAUCUCUACUGGUGCACACACGACGAGGGCAGCGGGGGCAAAGGUUGCAGCAUCGAUUGCAGUCGACUGCUGGACUCGGAUAUUUCCGAUGAUGUGCAAUGCAUUCGGACUAUCCAUGAGGAGCACACGCGCAUCUCGGGUGAUGGCUUCACUGCCUGGACUGUCUACAAUGGACACUGCAGGGAGCGAAAGCCAGACGAGAUCGCCAGCUGCUUUGAGUCCGGUGAGCUACCGAACAAGUUAAUCACAUCAGCUUCUCCCCAAUCUAAGCCCAAACCCAAACCCAAGCCUAAGCCCACAGGGAAGAUCUACAAACGCUGCGAGCUGGCUCAGGAACUUUACUAUCGCCACAAACUGCCCAUGCAACAGAUUCCCACCUGGGUCUGCAUUGCGGAGCAUGAAUCGUCCUUCAAUACUGCGGCUGUGGGUCGCCUUAAUGCUGAUGGCAGCGAAGAUCACGGACUGUUUCAGAUAAGCGAUCUCUUUUGGUGCACACACAACGAUGGAGAUGGAAAAGCUUGUCACAUUGAAUGCGAUCGUCUGCUCGACUCUGACAUCUCCGAUGAUGUGCAAUGCAUUCGCACCAUUCAUGAGGAACACACUCGAAUCUCUGGUGAUGGCUUCAAUGCUUGGACUGUGUACAAUGGUCACUGCAAGCAUCAAAGUCUCGUCCAGUUGAGCGAUUGCUUUCAGGGCAAUGAAAUUGAUGAGGCAAUAAGAGAGCGACCUCAACAACAGUCAAGCGUAAAGAUCUCUGCAAGUUCAGCUCAAGUUAGCCAUGCGCCUGUCAAGCAAACAGUUGCCAAUCAUCCCUUCGGUUCAAAUCCUUUUCUGCAGCAACUUCGUCCUGUCAAUAAAAAACCAACUCAAGCCCCAAAGCCACAGCAAUCAAGUGUCAAAACAACUGCAACUCCACAGACUCCCAGUUCAUGUCAGAACAGUCUUUACUGCUCGAAUCCCUUUCUUCAGCAAGUUCACCCACAACAGCAAGUUCACCCACAGCAACCGCAGAGGCAGCAGCCACGUCCUGAGAAAAUUGUUGAUCAUGUCACUGCAUCAAAGCCAAGCUACAAUCAAAAUCCAUUUCUAAGUCAGCUUAAAGCGCCAACUGGAAAUAGUAUUCAACAAUCUUCGCAACGCCAGCCCGUAAAGCAGUCGGAACACAGUCAAGCCUAUCAAUCGAAUCCAUAUCUGAGUAUUCUAAGUAAACCUAAUAUUGUGCCAGACAUAAAUAGACCAAAAACAAGUACAACUCUAAAGCCUGUCAGGUCAACAAAGGCCACACUUCAUCCAUAUGUCAACAGCGACAGCUUUCGUAACGAGAUUAUCAAGUUUACGGCAACAUCGUCAACAACAAACACAACUCCAAAAACAACGCCAAGACCUUCAACCACAGCAAAACAACAACUCGUCCAUUCACAACUGCAUAUCCUUUUACCAGCACAACGAGAAGGACACCAACGACAACAGCUGCGCCUUUUAAAUCAACUACAAAGCCAUUACCAACAACGAGAACUACACAGCAUACAACAACCAGACCUACAACAAAAAGUUCAACCUUACAUUCGACUACACAAAGGACUACAACUAGGCCAACUACACCAAGUUCAUCAAGUCGAUAUUCUACUACGACUCCAGCUACUCGUCAAACAACAACUCGCCCCACAACAGCCAAUCGUUAUAAUGCAAUAACUUCCAGUUACUUCACAACUCCAAAACCAACAACUACAAAGCACUCGACAGCAAGA